AUGAUUACCGUGAUAUUGAAAUCCAACACUUUUAGCUGUCUUAAGCAGUCCAGUGGGGUGGUGGUGUACUGCAAUCAUAAAGAACUUGGUUGUCUGUAUCUCAUAACCGGAGUCAUCUUCAGUAUUCUAGGAACUAUAAUGUCUUUGUUUAUUCGAUUUGAGUUAUACAGUUCUGGAUCGCGGAUCAUUUGUACAGAGACGAUAGCUACUUAUAAUGUGAUAAUAACGAUACAUGGCCUAGCUAUGAUCUUUAUGUUCUUAAUGCCUGCUUUGUACGGAGGAUAUGGUAACUUCUUUGUACCAAUAUAUAUUGGUGGUUCGGAAGUCGUUUUCCCAAGAACUAACGCGAUCUCCUAUUUUCUAGUACCAUUAGGUUCUGUGUUGUUAACUCAAAGUAUUUGUUCCGAGUUUGGUAGUGGUCUUGGUUGGACAAUGUAUCCUCCACUAAGUACUAGCUUGAUGGUGUUAAAUCCAGAGGCAACUGAUUGGAUUAUCGGAGGUCUUGCAGUACUAGGAAUUAGUAGUAUUUUAAGUUCUAUUAACUUCCUUGGUACUUGCGUCUUCAUGGGUUCUAAUGCUGGUGCUAAGAACUAUAUUCUAUAUAUCUGGGCUAUCAUAUUUACUGCCCUUAUGUUAGUCUUCACUCUACCUAUUCUUACUGGUGGAUUAGUUAUGAUCCUUCUUGAUCUACACGUAAACACUGAAUUUUAUGAUUCUAUGUAUUCUGGUGAUAGUGUACUUUAUCAACAUCUAUUCUGGUUCUUCGGACAUCCAGAGUAUACAUCUAAUUUAACCAUGCUUUGGUUUGUAGUCCUGCAAGACAUUAUCUAUAAUACUGAAGAUGACUCCGGUUAUGAGAUACAGACAACCAAGUUCUUUAUGAUUGCAGUACACCACCACCCCACUGGACUGCUUAAGACAGCUAAAAGUGUUGGAUUUCAAUAUCCUACACAUUUAAGAUUAUUCCACAUCGGUUAUGUUCUAGGCGUAAUAUAUGGAUUCUUGUUCUCACUCAUCUUAACAGCGAGAGAAAACUACUACUCAGAUGCUAGUCUAAUCAGUAGCAUCGUACUUGGAGUUAUCAUCUCUGAGACAGGAUUAUUUAUCAGCUUUUUCUGGGGAGUAUAUACUACGAGUUGGACUACUGGUUUAGAUCUUGAAGGUCUUUGUUUACCGGAUCCAAGUUCUCUUGUGCUUUUCAUGACCAUCAUGUUAAGUGCAUUAAGUAUAGUGGUAUCCAGCGUAUAUUUGAAAAACCAACAUUUGUAUACAAGCUGUACGAAUAUCAUGACAUUCACUUUGGUAGUCGCCUUCUUAAUGUUAGUCUCACCUCCAUGUCGGCUCAUUACUCCCUUGUUAUUGAACAAGAUUCAGUUAGGAACGCUAGUUCACCGUCAGAUGUAA